AUGUCACCCACGGAUAAGAACGACGUGUGUGUUGAGGGCGAUUUGGGGACCAUUGACCGGUCCGAAUUGGAGUCGGCUCCCGCGACGGCUUCUGAGGGUCCCGAGUCAACCAAACCCGAGUCAGCCAAACCCGAAUCCAAGGAGCUCUCUGCGGACGAAAUCAACAAGGAACAACAGCAGGAAAUCAAUGAGGCGGCCGAGAAGCUGGAGGAGCAGGUGGCCCAGGCGUACACAAAGACGUCGUCGUGGAUGGGCGGGCUGUGGUCGUCUAUUAGUAAGCAGAGUUCUGUGAUUCUCGAGGAGGUUGGCAAGGAUUUUGAGGCGGUCAAGUUUGAGGUUGGCGAGCUUGCUAAGAAGAGGGCCGAGGCAAAGGCGGCAGAGUCUUCUGAGGAGAAGAGCACGGAAGCGGCGGCGGGGGAGACGACGGGGGAGACGGCUGAACCUGUGGACAGUUCCCGGGAUCUCCUUUCUCUUCUUUCGACCAAGGCCCAGCUGUACAUUGACAAUCUUGACAAGGAUCUCGAGAAGGUUGAAGAUGCCGGCGCUGCCUACUUUUCGAAAAUCGGGUCGAAUUUCCAGGCUCUGAUGCGGGAGACCAUUCGUGUGGAGGAGGGCGACUCUGGCGACUCCACCACAGAUACGUUGCUGUUCAAUGCGCCCGAGGAAGUGAGACAGCAGGUGUUUUCGACCCGGUUUGAUGCCCAGUUGCAUUCUCUACAUACUUCUGACGAGGUGUUUUUGCAGCCAGUAGAUACAGGAUAUGAGUCGUUCAAGAAGGAUUUCGACAUCAACUCCCAGACCGACCAGAUUGCCGCUGAUUUGGAGGCCCAUCCUGCUCUGCGGACGCUCAUGGAGAAGCUGGUGCCCGAGUCCAUUGACUACAACUCCUUCUGGACCCGAUACUACUACAUGUACCAGGGAAUUGUGGCUGGAGAAGAGCAGCGAAAGAAGGUGUUGAGCCAGGCUGGAGGCGAGACGGAAAAGGAGUUUGACUGGGACGAGUCGGACGAGGAGACCAAGACGGAGAACACCGAAAACGACGGCUCAUACGAUGUGGUUUCUAGAGUGGCCUCGGAUGUGACUUUGGACAAGGCCAGCACCAACAAGUCUGAGCCCAACAAGGCAGAGCCCAACAAAGCAGAGUCCAAGCAAGCCAAGGUCGAGCCCAAGCAAGCCAAGGAGGAGGAGAGUGAUGACGACUGGGAGUAA